AUGGCUCAAGGCUUGACAGAAGAAAAUAAUGAAGACUUUUGGGGGUUUAUUUUUCAGACUUUUACCCUGAUUUUCUUCUUUUCGUUGGCAAGUAUAAUUGAUAAAUACCCUGGCACAAAGGUUGACAAAGUUUUUAGAUUCCUCUCAAGAACUUCCGAAUUCUUUGCUCGUUCAUUAACGCCAAUUUUUAUGGUUUCCUCUCUCAUUGGUGUUUUUGGUACCAUGGAUUGGAAUAUAUUUUGUACAUCCUUUUCUCGAGACUAUCUACUCAAACGGCACAUAAUCUUAAUUACUUUAGCCGUUUCAACGCUUUUCAUGUUAUUAUGUUUUUUUAUUUGGGACUUACUACGAAUAUGCGUCUCCUUUAACGUUAAAGAAGGACCUAAGUUUGCAGAUUGGUUUAAACAUUAUACUUCUAAAGCUGAAUUUUUUUACUUUUUUACUUGGCUCAUCACCAUGUGUAUGAGAUUUUACGACCCUUAUAAUCUAUCACUGAGCUUCUGGCUCUUCAAAGCCGUGUACGGACUACUUAUUCACGUUGGUCAACGCUUCGUACGUGUUGACAUUAAAAUUUUUCCUAUCUGGAGUUUUUUACAUGUUUUUGGUUCAUCAAUACUCUGGUAUGUUUUCUCAUAUCGUUCAUUCGAAUGGCGCUUGCCCUUUAGUGCAUUUGUAUCAUUUAUAUUAGGAACCUAUUUCAAGACUGGUCUCAACGACAUCAAGACUCCUUCGCACCGAUAUUAUUAUAAUCUUCAGAUUCGAUCCGCCACUCUGUCUAAAAAAAACGAAAAAACCUACAAACGCCUGUCGAUUAUCAUGAAUCUUUUGACCUUGGUGCAAUUCUCAAUUGAAAUGAUUCUAUUUGACGUUAACAAUCCCAAGGCAUCAACCGUCAACAUGAAUCUGUGGCAUAAUCGAAUCUGUUUCAAAUUUAUUGCUGCUGCCUACACUAUUUGGACACAAAGCAUGGUGACCCAUUCUUUACGUGUCAUUUCAGAACUGGUUUUUUAUAACAGCGGCCUUUAUCCCACGAAGCAACGACCCACAAUAUACAAAAGAAAUUAUUUCGAAGUAUUCUCUACGAUUCUUGGUGUAACCUGUUUUCCUUUUAUUGGGCAUACAUUCACCUUUUAUCUUUUGGCUUUGAAUGGUAUUUACUGGUUUGGUUUUCGAAUCUUUGCAAUUUGGCAAUCAAACAAAGAUUUUCAUAAAGCUGUUGGAUAUGUCAACGUUAAAGAAAAAGUCGACGACAUCAAAACACUUGUAGACAGUGUAUUUGGUUGA